UGGACAUUGAAAGACAAGAUAUUUCAAAGUGGAAAUGGGUUUACGUGAAGUUGCAGAUAGGGUUAAUCAGGAAUGCGUAAAAAAUCAUACAGUGACUGCAAAGUAUAUCACAGGUAAAAAGCUUGGUUCUGGAACUUAUGGCACGGUGUAUCUGGCCACUGAUAAAGAUACUGGACAUCGCUACGCAAUCAAAAAGUUAUUAAUGGAUAGUUCUGAAGGUUGCAUACCUGCCUCAGCAAUAAGAGAAAUCGGAAUAAUACUAGAACUCAAUAACUUCAAAUGUGAUAACAUUAUCAGAAUUCAUGAAGUGCUUCAUCAAAGGAGACAAAUUUCGAUAGUUUAUGAACUGGCUGAAUGGGAUCUGAAGGAACUCAUGGAUAAGUUUUCAGCUUCCCAUCUGGAAAAUAAAAUUCCACGUCGCUGUCUACCGGACGAACUCGCCAGGUCUUUUGUGGGCCAAUUGCUUGAUGGUCUGAUUGUUUGCCACAAACACUGCGUCAUACACCGGGAUCUGAAGCCCUCAAACAUACUGAUAACCACAUAUGGCGUUGUAAAAAUAACUGAUUUCGGACUUUCUAGAACAUCUUCUAUCCCUAAUCGAACACUCUGUCACGAAGUAGUGACUCUAUGGUACCGAGCACCUGAAGUACUACUUGGCACGAAGAAAUACGGUCAUUCGAUCGAUGUCUGGAGCUUUGGAUGCAUUGUCUAUGAAAUGGUUCAGGGAAAAGUUUUGUUUCCUGGUGAUUGUGAAAUAGGACAGCUAUAUCUUAUAUUUCGGAAACUAGGAACUCCAACAACUAGCACCUGGAGUGACUUCAAAGACCUACCAAACUUCAACAGCGAGUUCCCAAAAUUUAGCCCAGCUGGAUUUGAGGAAGACUUCCACAUUAAUUGGGAAUAUAUAAUUCAGAACACUGUUUGUAUGAACCCAGAGGAGAGAUGCUCCUUGGAAUGGAUUCGAGGCACAGUUCUGGCAGAAAAACGCAUUAUACCACUACAUACUUACAUCAGCAGAACAAAAUGAUAUCCCGAAAAAACUUUAUUUUCAUUCAAACCUGUUUUGAAACUUUGCUAAGAUAUUCUGAAUAUUCAACGAAAAGAUGUUUUGCUUUCGGAGUCACAUUCCACAAGUCUGGAGUCAGGUAUUCGUAGGUGGCCCGUAUAGCUGCGUAAGUUGCUUUGGCUGAAUAGUUUGUUAGUUAUCACAAAAUAAAGACAACCUACCGAAAUUCCCCAGAGUGGAAGUUUGACCACGUGCACUAGUGUACACAUCUUCAAUACCAGCCAUAUGCAAGAGUUUCUUGGGAACCGGGGCGCCGACAAUCCCGGUGCCACGGGGUGCAGGGAUCAAACGAACAGAUACUGAGCCGCAUUUCCCCGUGACUUUACAUGGAACUGUAUGCGGCUUCCCUAUUUGAUUACCCCAAUAUCCUUUCCUAACAGGGAUGAUCGACAACUUUGCUUGAAUAAUAGCACCUCUAAUCGCGGUGGCAACCUCUUUCGCACACUUGACCCCAAGGCCAACAUGGCAGUUGUGAUCACCCAUUGCAACGAUGGCUUUGAAUCGAGUACGUUGACCAGCACAAGUUUGUUUCUGAACAGGCAUGAUCUUCAGCACCUCGUCCUUCAGGCUCGAUCCUAAAAGCGUGUCGAUAAUUUCACACUCCUUGAUUGGUAAGCUGAACAUAUAGAUCUCUUCUAAUGUUGUUAUCUUUUUGUCGUAAACUAAGCGACCCAGCUGAGUAACGGGCUUCCAUUCCUUCGCAACAACCCCUCUACCACGGCCUCGGCCGCGACCACGACCGCGUCCACGACCUCUUCCUCGUGCUCCAAAAGAACCACGGAAACCUCCUCGACCGCCUCCCGCUGAUUCCAUAACUGUGAAGUAUGCACGCGCCAAG